AUGGUUUAUUCUUAUCUUCUUCUGACAACCCUUCUGCUUCAUAAGGCGCACGGCCUUGCUGCAAAGAGAGGCAUUGCCUACAACAACAAUAACCCUUCCGGAAACUCAGUCUAUGCGAACCUUUUCAAGGGAAACUCGAAGGUCUCAUGGGCCUAUGACUGGGGAUACCCGUCCUGGGGUCUGGACUCGUCAUUUGAGUUUGUUCCUAUGCUGUGGGGACUGCCCAGCGGUGCCGAUCCAGAUUGGACAGCUGCUGUGUCAACUCCUGGAACUCGUAACAUCCUCGGAUUCAACGAGCCUGAUCUGACCUACGACGCUUCAUCUAACAUCAUUCCCGCAAAGGCUGCCGCUGGGUAUCUUACAUACAUGCAGCCCUUUGCUGGAACUGUGCGGAUUGGGUCACCCAGUGUGCUUUGGAAUAACGUGGGCUCAUCUUCUGGUGGAUCUUAUGAUACCGCUACAUGGACUCAAUAUUUCCUUGGAAACUGCACCGGUUGCCACUUGGACUUUGCAGCUAUUCAUUACUACCAGGAUUGUGUGACUCCUGAUGGCCGGAAUGGCGCUAUUUGGUUUGAAGGUAAUGUGACAAACGCGCAUGAUGUUUUGGGCCUCCCGAUUUGGAUUACAGAGUUCGAGUGCUAUGGAAGCGAGGAACAGCAAAUUGCGUUUUUGGAGCAGGCUCUUCCUUGGUUGGACUCGCAAGGUUAUGUGGAAAGGUAUGCGUACUUUGGUGCUUUCCCACAGUAUCUCAUCAACGCGGAUGGGACUGGAUUAUCUGAUUUGGGAAGCACUUACGCAACUAUCUAA